UUCGGAAGGGUCUGCCGCAGAAAGGUGCUUCUGUCAGGUUACUGGUUACUUGGAUGAUUGCUCAUGUGAUAUUGAAACCAUUGACAACUUUAAUAACAACAAAUUAUUUCCUAAAUUACAAAAGCUUGUGGAAAUGGACUACUUCAGAUACUAUAAGGUAAAUUUAAAGAAGCCUUGUCCCUUUUGGAAAGAUGACAGCCAUUGUGUAAUCAGGGAUUGUGCUGUGAAGCCAUGUCUACCUAAUGAAGUUCCUCCUGGAAUAAAAGCAGAAAGUUUCAAGUAUUCUGAAGAAGCAAACACCUUAGAAGAUGACUGUGAAAAGGCUGAGAAGCUUGGAGCGGUAGAUGGCUCUUUAAGUGAUGCAACUCGAAAAGCCAUGGUUCAGUGGACCAAACAUGAUGAUUCUUCAGAUAAUUUCUGUGAAGCAGAUGAUGAAACCUCUCCAGACGCUGAGUAUGUAGACUUGCUUCUUAAUCCUGAGCGCUACACUGGCUACAAAGGGCCAUCUGCUUGGAAAAUCUGGAACAGCAUUUAUGAAGAAAACUGUUUCAAACCAAUGUCUGUUAAACGGCCAUUAAAUCCUUUGGCUCCUGCUCAAGGUAACCCUGGAGGGCAGAUGUUUUACAGUUGGCUGGAAGGUUUAUGUGUUGAGAAAAGGGCGUUCUACACAUUAAUUUCUGGUCUACAUGCUAGUAUCAAUAUUCAUUUGAGUGCAAGAUAUCUUCUACAAGAUACCUGGUUUGAGCAAAAAUGGGGUCACAAUGUUACAGAAUUUCUUCAGCGAUUCGAUGCCACUCUGACAGCAGGAGAAGGACCAAGAAGACUUAAGAACUUGUACUUUAUCUACUUGAUUGAACUGCGGGCCUUAUCAAAAGUGCUGCCUUUUUUUGAACGUCAUGACUUUGUUCUUUAUACAAGCAAUGAUACUCAGGAUAUUGAAGUUAAAAAACUACUUUUGGAAAUUUUACACUUCUCUAAGUCUUUUCCAUUGCACUUCAAUGAAAAUUCAUUAUUUACAGGGGAUAGAAAAGAAGCUUCUAAGUUAAAGGCAGAUUUCAGACAGCAUUUCCGGAACAUUUCAAGAAUAAUGGAUUGUGUUGGCUGUUUUAAAUGCAGACUUUGGGGAAAGCUGCAGACCCAAGGCUUAGGGACUGCUCUGAAGAUUCUUUUCUCAGAGAAGCAGAUAGAAAGCUUGCCUUCAAGUGGACCAUCCUAUAAUUUUCAGCUAACAAGACAAGAAAUAGUUGCACUUUUUAAUGCCUUUGGAAGGAUCUCCACAAGCAUCAGGGAACUUCAGAACUUCAGAGAAAUGCUUAAAGAUGUUCACUGAGGAAUGAUUAGAAGCACCAUGGAGACCAUCACAAUUAACAGUGCUUUACCCAGGAACCAUGCUGUCCCAUUUGGAAAUGGGACUGAACAGUACCUCAAUGCUUUAUCUUCUGAUUUUCUUUGAAGAAAUCUAUUUCACAAAACUUGUAUUUUUUUUUUACUUUGAAGUGUGUUCUUGUAGCAGGUACCACAGAGGUAGAACUGUCACUGACCAGUGAAAGAGCACAGCUGCAGAUUAUACCAGAACAGUCUUAUGUGAGACUGCAUGCAAAAAUCAGUGUAAAGGGUACUCUUGUGUUCCCUUCAAUUUAUUCAUACUGCUCACAGAAUUCAUAGGACCAAAUAUAUAGCUUAGUUUUAUCUUCUGCUUUUUACAAGCUAGCCCACCUCAAGAACAGCAGUAACAAGUGUACUUGUGGUGGCAAAUCCAAGAAAUACCUGUGCAUAAUUGCAUCAGCUGUUAAGGAUGGCACCCUGGCUUUCUGUUUUGUCACUGUGUUAGCAAGGCAAUAUGUGGGAAAACUUGACAGGUGCUUCUUUUAAGAUAACUUUUGAAAAAAGUUGGAAAGGUCCCUAGACAAAUAUCAAGAAGAAUUUCCAGUGUCCACUGAUGAGUUAUGUUGCUGCUUGUCAAAGGAGGACAAUUGCUUUUUAUGAAAAUUGACUUGGUUUAUGUUGCUGCAAAGAGAAAGUGCAAACUGUGACUGAGGAUUAUGGUGAAGAAGAAAACUGUUGUAAAAUAUAGUUUUCUGUUUUGUGAUUCCUAAUUAUUAUAACGGAAGGGGUGAUCAACCAUAAAAAGCAAAAUAAGUUAAUUACAGUAUCCCGAGUAUAACCUGGAAAUUUUAAACUUUGGAAUGUUAAACUAUAGACGUGUCAUCAGAAGGGAAUUGGAAUGUCACCAUGACCCAUCUUUCCCAACUAAUACAGAACCUAAACUGGCACUUAAUAAGGUCUGGGUAUGUUUAUAGUUAUUUAAAGUUUUUUGUAAAUGCACAUGGAGUACCUUUAUAAGGUGAAGAAUAAAAAAAAAGCCUAAGCAUUUAUUACAGUGAACAGUACAGCUACCUGAAUUUGCGUUAUACUGUUGUAUUAAGGUAGAAUUAUUUUAACAUCCAAUUCUGGGUCCAUGUAGAUAAAGGGAUAUUGAACUUGUGUGAAGGGCUUACAGAUGAGUUACAAAAAGAAAAAAAAGAAAGGACAUUAAUGUGAAAAAAGAUUUAAGCAUUUUGUUGUACAGAUUCAACAGAAAGGUAGAAUGUGUGUGUGCCUUAUUGGGUAGUGAACAAAACUUGAACUCUCAAGCUUUGACUGCCCGAGCUUCAACUUGCUGACAGUCAGAGUUCCUCCAUAGAAAAUCACUGUUGCCAAUUUGUGCCUGAAGUGGUUCCCUUUUGGGGUUUAAUUUCCCCCCUUCAAGUUGGUGCAACCAUGGAUUUGAUAUAUAUAAGUUUGGGCAGUGCAGUGGGCUUGUCCCCUCUACAAAAAAACACUUGUCUUUUUUGCAAGAUGUUUUCAGUGAAUGCAGUUUGGUGGUUCUGAUCCUCUGUCCAUUCGUUUUAGUCCACCCAUAGUGGAAGCUGCCUCAUUGUCUGUGGCAAGUAGGUGGAUAUCUGGUUGGCCAGCACCUUUGUUGUAACUGCUUCUGAUUUCUGUUUCAGAUAAUGCCAGUUUUGAUACAUUUGCAGUGCACCAUAACUAGCUGUUGAGCUCUAUCAGUGAAUGCUAAACCAGACAAUACUGUGUCUGAGUAAACAUAUUGGACAGAGAGGUAUUGUAUUCUCCUUUAGACAUGUUUCUGUCUUGCUCUGGUUUUCCCAUAAUUGGGCUGUUCUACUUGUUACUACUCUGACAGAUUUAAGGGAGGCACCAGCCCUGUUUAUGAAAUAGUAACCAGUAUAAUGUUGACCGUGACCCUUACUUUCUUUGUGGGAUGGUGCUUGAGGAAAACUGGCACGGUAUGCCAUGUGUUUUUUGCAGCUUCCAUAGGCCAGCGCAUCAAAAAAUGUUGACAUCCAGUCCAGGCUGUUUCUGGUCCCAUCUUCCAGAUGGAAAUCCUAUUUGCCGUUGACAUGUCACUCCCUGACUGGAUUUCCUAUUAUAUGAAGUGACUGCAAGAUCACAGUUUAUGUGCGAUCUAUUUUCAUCCUUGCAUGGUGUUUCUCUUUUCCCUUGGUUGUGUGAUCAUCAAGUUAGUAUAUUUAAGUAAUCGGAUUGGGGGAGUGCAGUAGGGCUUCACUCCCUAAAAAAUGUUAUACAUCUUGCUUGCCAGCUUUGUUAGAUUUUUUUUUCUUUUAAUUAUCUUCCUUCAGCAAGACUGUAAGCCAGCGAAUCACAGUGGAGCCCCCUCAGCCUUUAUCAUAGGAACAAGGAGACAUGCCAUUUGACUGUGGCUAGAUUUCAUGAUAAUUUCUGGGACAUAUUUUGACAGCCUCAGUGAAUUUGCAUACAGCUGAGCAUCAUAAAUGUGUACAAAUAAAAUUUCACCAUAGGACAAGCAGGUAUAGGAGCUUCAGCCUUCUAGUCACCUUUGCCUUGCAUGUGAUAUACAUGCAGUGACAGUGUGAGAGAAUCUUGUCUGUAGAAUGUUUCUUCCUCUGACUACAGACCUUCCACCAAAAGAAGCCAAAUCUUGACCGUGGGUUCAUUCUUUUGUAAGGUGAUGAAUAAGGGUAUUCUCAACUAUGCCUGACAACAAAACCUUUCAGACACUUGCCAGUUUUUCUAGAGUGACCCUUUGUCAAGGGCCUUUUCUGAAGUUUGUUCAGCAAUAUCCCUAAGGUAGAGAUUACAUAGGUUCAUAGGUUCAUACUAGGCUAUCUGCCCUAGGGCAUUUAUAAGCCUAGCCAGAGUAUGUUUGGC